AAUCGGAACUGCCGCAAAGCUGCUGAAACGAGUUCUCAUUUUUUCUCACAAAAUUUCCUCAAUUCUCGGGUUUUUUCUUCAUCUGAAUCUCUGAAAUCUAGCUGGAAAUUGUAAUUGCCGAACUAUAUUUCCCAAUUUAGUGGAGCGAAGUCUUUCUUUCCUAUUGCAACUGUAGCCGGAAAUUCAUCGGAAAACAGAGGAGCGUCGUCAGUGGUUGUUAUAUUGCUAGGGUUUAAGGAGAGGGGGUUUUGGAGUAUGUUGGAAAUGGAAACGAAUAACAACAAGGUGAGGUUUCUGCUGGGGAAGCAGUCGUCGAUGGCGCCGGACCGGCAGCCGGAGGAGUCGGCGACGGCGGAAGACGGGGACGAGAUCGAUCCAAGGGUGAGGUUGAUGUAUUUGGCGAAUGAAGGCGAUUUGGAAGGGAUUCGGGAGCUUCUGGAUUCUGGAAUAGACGUAAAUUUUCGCGAUAUUGAUAAUCGGACGGCGCUGCACGUCGCGGCUUGCCAGGGCUACUCGGAUAUCGUCGAUUUGUUGCUCCGGCGAGGCGCUGAGAUCGACCCCAAAGAUCGCUGGGGUAGUACGCCUCUUGCAGAUGCUAUAUUCUACAAGAACCACGCAGUUAUCAAAUUGUUGGAAAAAGGCGGCGCAAAACAUCUGAUGGCUCCAAUGCACGUGAAGCAUGCUCGUGAGGUCCCAGAAUAUGAAAUUAAUCCUAAAGAAUUUGACUUUACUAACAGUGUCAACUUGACCAAGGGAACCUUCCAUCUAGCAUCAUGGCGUGGAAUUCAAGUUGCAGUAAAAGAGCUUCCGGAGGAUGUGAUUUCAGAUGAGGAUAAAGUGAACGCUUUUAGAGAUGAACUCGCACUGCUUCAGAAGAUUCGCCAUCCUAAUGUUGUUCAGUUUCUUGGUGCCGUGACUCAAAGUAGUCCGAUGAUGAUUGUUACUGAAUAUUUGCCAAAGGGAGAUCUUUGUCAAUUCUUGCAGAGAAAAGGAGCAUUAAAACCAAUUGUAGCUGUGAAAUUUGCCCUUGAUAUUGCAAGGGGAAUGAACUAUUUGCACGAGAACAAACCCGCGCCAAUCAUCCACCGUGAUCUCGAACCAUCAAAUAUAUUGCGAGAUGACUCUGGGAGCCUGAAAGUUGCAGACUUUGGAGUUAGCAAGCUGCUCACAGUCAAGGAGGACAAGCCUCUAACUUGUCAAGACACUUCUUGCCGAUAUGUCGCUCCAGAAGUUUUCAAAAACAAUGGAUACGACACCAAAGUGGAUGUCUUCUCCUUUGCCUUAAUUCUACAAGAGAUGAUUGAAGGGCAACCGCCAUUUUCAACCAAGAAAGAAAAUGCAAUUCCUAAAGAGUAUGCAGCCGGAGUACGCCCACCUUUCAAAGCUCCAGCAAAAUGCUACGCCCAUGGAAUUAAAGAGUUGAUUGAAGAUUGCUGGAAUGAGAAGCCAUCAAAAAGACCAAAUUUUAGACAGAUAAUCACAAGGCUGGAAACCAUUCAUCACGGUCUCAGCCACAGAAGGCGUUGGAAGCUCCCAACGUUGAGAUGCUUCCAGAAUGUAGAGGCCAAGAUGAGGAGAGAUCAUAUAUCAAGCAGCCGCAGCCUUUCAUCGCGAUCUGCAAGCAGCAUAUGAACCAACUUGGAAAGUUUUCCCGUCAUGUUGUUGUAAAAAUUUUCUCUUAGUUUUACAGAUUUGUUUGCAAACCAGAAGAACAUGUUUGUUGUAGUGCAAUCCCUUUUACACAUUCAAUUCUACUGCAAAUUGUCUACAGCUCUCUCUCCCUCUCAAGUUUCUGGGUCGAGAGUUUAUACUGUAAAUUGCUACAUUCUUACUAAUACAUACAAUUUGUUUGUACAUUAAA